GCGCUGCUGGCCCUGAGCGCCCUGGCGGACGAGCUGCUGCCGCGGGGCCCGGCCGGGUCGGGAUCGGGGCUGGACGCGCGGCUGUGCCCGGGGUUCUGGCGGCUGGUGCAGGAGGGCCUGACGGAGCGGGACGGGCUGUGCCGCAAGCGGGCCCGCUAUCUGCURAAGCGAGCGCUGGACCUGAGCGGCUGCCAGCGCCCUGAGCUUCGCUGCCCCCCGGACGGCGGACACGAAUCGAGUCUGUUUUGGUGGUCUGCGGACAAGAAUGAGCAACUCCUACAGUUUUGGGAAACUUACAUUUUGAUAAUGGAAACUUUGGAGGGAAACCAGAUCCAUGUCAUAAAGCCAGUAUUACCAAAACUGAACAGCUUAUAUGAGCUUGCCAUAUCAGGAGAUAAAGGUUCUUGGCUGUUUCACCCAUCUUGGCAUAUGUGCAUUUAUAAAAGAAUGUUUGAGAGUGAGAAUAAAACAUUGAUGAAGGAAGGCAUUCUUCAUUUUCUGGAGCUUUAUGAAACAAAGCAUCUUCCAAAUUCACUUGGUUUCUCAGAGUUUGUUAUUGGACCACUCAUGGAUGCCCUCUCAGAAAGUUCCCUCUACAGCAGGACACCAGGUCAAUUAAUAGGAGCCUGUCCACCUUUGGGAAUGAGGUUACAGAAGUUUUUGGCUACUUAUUUCACUCUUCUUCCAGAAGAAGAAAAAGGUAGCUUCCUGUUAAAAUUUAUUCAGAAGAUGACGAAUAGGCAUUGGUGUGCUGUUCCCAUUUUGUUUCUUUCUAUGGCUUUGGCAUCUAUCCCUGCAUGUAAAGUACUUGGUGCUGAAGGACUUCAUGCUUUAAGAGAUGUCCUCCAGUGUACUAUGAUUACACAUCAGAUUUUGUUGCGUGGAGCUGCUCAGUGCUAUCUUCUUCAAACAACUAUGCAUUUGACAGAUGUGGAGAAAGUGUCCUUCCCAGAAGUUUCAAGCUUUCUUCUGUCCCUUAGACCAGAGGAGUCCCUGAGGAGAGAUACUYUGUUAUGGACAGAGCUUUGCAGUUGGUUGCAAGUGAACGACAGGUGCUUCAGGAAGUCUGUAACUGCGGAUUUUAAACAUCAAGAGACAUCAUCAUUGUGUCAAUAUGUGCACAGCCUUGUGGGAGAGUACCUUAAGGCACCAGCAUCUGAAAGAGAAAAUUGCUUUAUGCCUGACUGGUUUGAAGCUAAGCUUGUSUCAACAAUGAUUCUGUUGGCUGCUGACGUGGAGCAGAUGAAGAAUAAAUACAGUGGAAAAAGCAACAUAGAAUGGAUUGAACUAGAGGCUUUCUUGAACCCUCUUCUGGAUGUCUUGAUGAAACUUGGCAGUAAUGCUUACAUACCAACACUGAAAACAGAUAAAAGCCUACAGCUUCUCUUGAAGUUAUUGCAGACCCGUUCGUUAAAAUGUUCCAAUACACAAGAUGAUGAAGUACUGCUUUUUAUCUGGAAAUCUCUYGUGACACCUGUGGAGAGUGUUCUUGAAUUUGUUCUCAGACGGCUCACUACCAAUGAGUUAAGCACUGUUGGUGAYCUGGAUCGUUGUGAUCUGUACUUGGCUUUAAUUCCAGAGAUUGUGAAUUUGUGCUUGAAAAUCAACCAGAAGAAAAUGCCAUCGAUCAAGAAUUUUCUUUCAUCUCUGAUAAAUGCAUCUAUUCGUAAUCUUCAGGAGAGARAUUCUGAAAAGGAGCCGAAGGUUAAAGAACAAAUUAGGAAAGUAGCCAGCAUGGCUUCACUUGCAGCUGUGUGUGAGAUCAUGGAUGGGAAGCUGGAAGUGCACUUGGAAUCUCUGCCUUCAGUGGAUGCCCUGAAGAAAUUAAUUUCCUUUUCUCAAUUCAACGAAGUAUUAAAGAAGCCAUCUUACACUGAAGAAAAAAAAAGCUUAGGUGAAGAAACGACRUCACGAGGAUGGGGGAAAAUUGUUGCACGCUAUGUUCAUGACCAGUGGAUUUGCCUUCGUUUUGUUUUAAAUUUAUUUCCAACCCUGGCUCAAGGGUAUGAAGAAACUUCAGAUGUGUCAUUAUCCACAGCUGAAAGGUCUAAAAAAAUUCUACAGUCUGCAUUAGAAGCCCUAACUAUUCUUCCUUCAGAUCAAGUUUUACCUGUGUUCAACUGCAUGAAAGUUCUUGUUCCCAAGCUUCUGGACUCAUCAGAGUCUCUUUGCAUAGAAGCAUUUGAUUUGGUUUGGAAAAUUAUAUCCUCUUUGAGCAACACRCAGCUAAUAUUUUGGGCCAAUCUGAAAGCUUUUGUCCAGUUCAUCUUUGAUACUGAGGUUCUAGCUAUUGCUGCAAGUGCAAAGGGUCAAGCAUAUGCCAAAAUAAAAGAGAUCAUUUUCAAGCUCAUAGAUCUGUCCACUACAAAGACUGGAGUCUUCAAUGUAGUCCUUAGUCACUGCUGUCAGUCUUGGCUAUUUCCCACUGUUGAUGAGAGAAGUGCCUUGACAAAUGCUUUCUUAAACGCUGGGAAUUAUAGUGAACUUAUCACUGAGGCUUGUGUCUUUGGAACUGUGUUUAGGAGAGAUCAAAGACUCAUUCAGGAUGUGCAUGCCUUCAUAGAAAAUCUUGGAGAAAAAUGUGCAGCUAAYGUUGUUACAGAAAGUACAAAUAGAGAUGACCACUAUGUUCGUGUUUGUGCUGUUAAAUUUCUGUGCUCRUUGGAUGGAUCAAAUAUCCUGCACAAGAUGUUUAUGGAAGACAUUUUCAUCAAACUACUUGAUAAAGAUGAACUGGUAUCCAGAUCUAGAACACGCUACUACGCAAACUCUUUACAACAUAGAAUUAAAAACCGGGUAUGGCAGACACUCCUAGUUCUUCUCCCAAAACUUGACCAGAAUUUUUUGUGUGGAACUCUUGACAAAGUUUUUCAGGCUGGAUUCAGUACUAAUCAGUCAUCUGUGAAGUACUUCAUAGAGUGGAUUGUUAUUUUGAGUCUACAUAAAUACCCCCAAUUCCUUGAUAAAUUCUGGGAUUGCUUCUGCUAUGAUGAAGAAAAGCUUAAAACAAGCAUCUGCACAUUUUUAUCAGUGUUGGCCCACUUUGACAUCAUUCUUCAGAAUACCUCAGAGAAGAAGCCAGCUUUGAAGAAAGCCCUCAUCGUUGUUCUGCAGUGGUGUUUUAGCCAUAAUUUCAGUGUUCGACUUUAUGCAUUAGUUGCCCUUAAAAAAAUCUGGGCUAUGUGCAGAAUGCUGCAUGUGGAAGAAUUUGAAGCUCUGACACCAGUUAUUGAAUCUAGCCUUCAACAAGUGGAAAACAUGCAUGGCACAGGGAAUGCCAGAAGGAACUGGCAACGAAUCCAAGAUCACUUCUUCUUUGCAACAUUUCAUCCAGUUGAGGAUUAUAGUCUAGAGACGAUAUUUUACACUCUGCCUCGCCUUUCGGAACUUGCUGAAGAUGARUGGAUCUCCCUCUCUAAAUUUGACAGAUUCACUGACAUUCCUUUGCCACCAGCAUUUCAGUGGUAUCGUUCCCAAACAGAACUUUGUGAUCUGAAACCAAGUGACUGGUCUCAGCAGGACAUGGGUUCACAUUCAGCUGAAGYAGACAGCCAGACAGAAUGGACUGAUGUUCAGAAAAAAAUUAUACCUUGGAAAAACAGUACUCCUAGUUUAGACUUGGAAAUGGCAUUUCAGGAUCGUGCUGUGAAACUUGGCAAAUCAAACAGCAGACUGAUUGUGGUGGCUUCACUUAUUGAUAAACCUACCAAUUUAGGAGGUUUAUGUCGUACAAGUGAAAUAUUUGGAGCAUCUGCACUGGUUGUUGGCAGUCUUCAUUAUAUACAGGAUAAGCAGUUUCAGCAUCUGAGUGUUUCUGCAGAGCAGUGGCUCCCCCUUGUUGAGGUGAAACCAUCUCAGCUUGUUGAUUAUCUGCAGCAGAAAAAAACAGAAGGCUACACUAUUAUUGGUGUAGAGCAGACAGCUAAAAGUUUUGAUCUUACAGAAUAUUGCUUCCCAGAGAAAUCACUAUUAUUGCUGGGAAAUGAACAUGAAGGAAUCCCAGCCAACCUGAUUCACCACCUGGAUGUCUGUGUGGAGAUUCCUCAGCAGGGCAUUAUUCGGUCACUCAAUGUUCACGUGAGCGGAGCUCUGUUGAUCUGGGAGUACACAAGGCAGCAAGUGAUCAAGCAAAAACACCAAUAACUGCCCAGAGUCUCGUGCCUUUACUGCACACUGGAUGGCUUCCUACGGUGCUACAGCCUGAAAUUCUGAACAGAUGAGAUACAAAACUCAGGGCAAAUGAGGAUUCUUAACUUUUGCAUGUUCUAUUCUCUGUAGUGUGACUUUGAAAUGCCUUAAUACUUUACCUCCUCAAAUUGUUGCAUUGGAAAUAAAUACUAUUUAU